AGGAGGUCGGGGAGGAUUGUGAGGUGAUCUCCCAAAUAAUAGGUUGCCACUGUUGCUAGGUUGAGGAGUGGGCCAGGGACGUACGUUCUGAACGGCGGACGCACUCUUGGCCUUCAACCCCGGGGCGGAUACUGAAGUCCUGCUGGAGGGGAGUGUGGUGUCAGUGGUCAGUGUCGAGCGAUUGGUGGCGAAGUUUGCAAUGGUCUGUGCAUACAGAAGAGCUGCAGGGUUGUGAAUAGGUUUUGCGAUCGUGAUGUUACCUGUCCAACCCGCAGUCUGUUUGGGCAUGUGCCGGUGGGGCGGCGGGCGGCGGCGGAGGCGGUGGAAGUGAGAGUUUCUGAGCUUGUUCCAGCGGCGGCGGGAGUGGAACUGCUUGCUGUCUCUCGGGGUGUAAUGUCGCCUCCGCUCUGGUGAGAUCGUGCGGCUGCUCCGGGAAGUCAAUUUCUGCUUUGGCACUGUGUCCCGGCGAGUGGAUUUGUUGCUUGGAUGGCCCCCGUCCUGUGGUGUAGUCUUCGUGUUUGGCCUUGUCCGUCGGGGAAAAUGUCGGCCCGUCAUCUGCUCUUGUAAUGGCCUGUGUCAGGGUUGCAAUUUCUGGUUCGGUAGUGUUUCGCACUGAUGGACGUCUCUGAUUCCGUGAUUGGUUCCCGGGAGUCCAGUCUCCGUCUUGGGUCUCUUCCUUCCAGGCCGGGCAAUGUGCUGUCCAUCCUGAGAUGGUCUUGCGGUCUUCGAUCCGAUGGUCGUGCGGUGUCGAGUCGAAGGAUGCUGUGGUUGCUUACCUGGCGGUGAUGUGGAUGAUAGCUGCACAGCGAAGCCGAUGAUGACGCGGAUGGUCAUGGUCAAUCUCACCCGUAUGCAGUGGCGGAUCUACCAUAGGAGGGGCAUAGUCACGCUGGACUUCUUUUACUUAUUUCUGGACGUAAUUGCGGUCGGAUACGUCCCGGUUCGGCUGUAACUGCUGCGGUCAGAUACAUUUAAUUUAGAGCUAGUGUGAGUACGUCCUCUGAUUGCGACUUGAAUCGGAUGUGGAAGUUUGUUCAUCCGGAUCCCUGGUGCUGUGAUACAUCUCAAAACAUCGCUUCUCCAGUGAAGCAACGUGAUUUUCAGCUUUUUAAUUCUUGUCUGACUGAACCUGGCUCGGAUAUCGGUCUUCUUCCAUUCUGCUUAACUGCAUGAUUUGCUGAUGUAAGUGGUCAACCAGUCCGUCCUGAUUCUUCAGUGCAUACGGAUCGUCUGGCUUGCAUUUGGGUGCCAGUCGACUCGGAGACAUAGGAGGAGGAGGAGGAGGAGGAGGAGGAGGAUCUGGUUUGUGUUGUCGGUGUUAUGUCUGUCCCAUAGCAAUCUGGUAAGAAGAGGGGUGUGGGCAUGCGUGUUCAAAACGGUGAGUUACUUUCACUCACCAUCUCUCUCGUUCUCAGACCUUCUUUGAUUAAAUGGGUUAGCGAUUUAACCCAUGUAAUCGAAUGGGUUAUCAAUUUAACAUAGAACACAUGCUUCUCUCUUCUUCUUCUUCUUCUUCUUCUUCUUCUUCUUCUUCUUCUUCUUCUUCUUCUUCUUCUUCUUCUUCUUCUUCUUCUUCUUCUUCUUCUUCGUUCUUCUUUCUCUUCUUCUUCUUCUUCUUCUUCUUCUUCUUCUUCUUCUUCUUCUUCUUCUUCUUCUUCCUUCAAUGGGUGACUAAUGUUGAUGAUGUACGUAUCUCAUAAUAAUUUCUUGAUAUAUGUAUCUCAUAAUACUUUCACGACUGAUCGUAACUUCAUGAAAUGUGAACACAGCGACAUAUACGAGUUGCGUGAUUUGUGAUUUGUUGGUACACUUCUUGAAAAACAGACGACACUGGAAAAUGAAGAUAUAUUCGGCGAUUGGCGCCGAUUGGCAAUAGAGGAUUUUGCUAGCUUUGUUUGUGUGGAGAAAGAAGCACGGCAUCGGGCUGUCAAGAGCCAUCAUGUGUCGUUUGGGUAUUUUUCUGGCACAGAGACGAUUGAGCGCGGUUGGAGGUGGCUCCUGUUGUGGGGCUGCUGCUGUUGUCAAGGCCUGAAUGGAUGUACGCAGACCGAACGGCGUACCAGAUACGGCUAUAUUAUCCGCGCACGACGGCGUACGUUCUAUUCGAGGGGAAGAUGGUACGGCGUGCCGUGCUGCCAGCUCAAUGAAAAGGGGGAUUAAUCCUGAAGAGGGGUGCGGUGGUGGGGACCGCAUUGUUUUAUGCUAUUCAUUGGGGUGCUUAACCUCUAAAAAGAAACAGUUUGUAGCUUUGCGCCAUUUGCGUGUUAUGGCUUUGGAAUAAAGUCGCUCAGUGAUUGAUGGAAAAGGAAAAGAAGACACCUUUCACUAUAAUAAACUCUUUGGAGUUUGAGCAAUGAACCUUCAGAGACUUG